ACACAAAUUCGUGUAUAUUUGGAGUUCCUUCGCAUUUGGACGGUAUAAUAUCAUUGAUUUAGUGUGCGUGCUGUUGAAAUAUGACCAGCCAAAAGUUAGGCGACAAAAUUUGUUUAUGCCUGUUAGACAUUUUACAUUAAAUACCUAAAGGUAAAAUAUUUGGCAGAAUUUCCAGGUCGCGAGAAUGUUUAUUCAAAGAGAGUCUCUACUACAGACAGAAUUAGCAAAGAAGGAUAAGUGUAACAGCAACAAGAGAAAAAGUUUGUCAAAUACAGAUGCGUUAACUAUUCCUACUUGGAUAGUUUUGGCUACUAACAUACGGAAACCUACUAGUACAAUAUCUGAAAAUACGGCGAGAGCUUCAUUCGUCGGAAACUACAACACAACUCUUGAUGACAUAGAGAUUUACUCGGACAUGUCAGCGACAGACAUGAUCGGUCAGCACGAGGAAAAAUCAAAACGAGGCAGGAUACCUGUUCUAUUUAUAGUUUUGCUGUUAGUGGUGGUCUUUGUCGCUGUGGCUGUUGGAAUUACACUUAGUUUUGUCGCUCGUAGUGAUAUAACGAGAUUACACGUCACCUUUAGUGUAACAAAAGACAACACAACACAGCAACAUGGAACUGACACAGGACAAAUAAAAGAAGCAGAUGCUUAUUGUGAGAAGAUAAAGCAUGCAAUUUAUUUGUCGGAUUGGAAAAGAAAUUUUAUCAGUUGCCAUUCCUUUGUCACGAGGAAAACACAGGACGACAUCUACUUCUCUCUCACACUUGACCUAAAUGACCACAAUAGUAAGAGUGACGUCGACGAAAUCAAAACAAUCGUCAUUAACGUCAUCAAAGAAGGAAGUGACGCCACCAUUCAAUCAGUAAAUGGACAACACGUUAAACCUGACAAAGGAAUUAUAAGGACCAAGAGCACGCCGAAUGAAACAAAAGGGACGAAAAUCGGUCAAAAUGGCACUGUUGCUGAUUCAGAACAAUCGAGAAAGAAACCAAAUAUAGUGUCCGGAACAAGAAAUGAUUUGCCGUCAGGGAGUGUGACAAACAAUAAAGAUGGACGGAGAAUGACAGAUAUAAAAGUUUCAUCAUCAUCAUCAACAUUAUCAUCAUCAUCAUCAACAACAACAACAACAAAAACAACAAUUACAGCAACAAAAUCAACAGAAAGUGUUAAUGAACAGCAAAAGACAACUUUACAAGCCAAAGUAAGGUCAACAGCUAAAUCAAAAACAACCAAAAAAGAAGCAAUUGUGAUGAAAACAGCGAAGACAACCACCACGCCAGGCUCUUCUGAUUCGGACAAGAAUUCAUGGGAUAAACUAUUGUCAAAAAUUUUGGAUCAAGAAUUGUUCUCCAAAUAGUGGUUUUUUUUUCAUUAAAAAUCAAUGCGCUUGGUGUGAACUUCAUUGUGCUCCAUUAAAAUCAACACCGGAGUUAAGCUUUGGCGGUUUCAAAGAAAGAAAAUAGAUUGUGUAAAAACAACAAUUCAUAAUAAUGUUGGUUUUUUUUCAUACAACAUACAUAACAUACCCACUAUAUGCUAGCAAACUUGUACUUUUGUUUUUGUAAUAUGAAUGUGACAUUCAUUGCGUAAGUGGUAGGCAGCCAAUUUCCUAAUAUCUUUAAACUCCUUAUCAAAUCUAAUUUGUUAAUAUGUUGUAUAACACAACUUCCCAAAUUUCUGUGUUUUAAUUGAUAUAUAAAAGAUUGGUUGUAAAAGUAUUUGAUUAAAGAUAAAUAUAUACAUGUACCUUUAGAAUUAUGUGCCUUUCAAUGUAGCUUUACCAUUUAUACAACACGAUACUCUGUGAUUUUGUUAUUUAAAUCGAUAAAAAAAAACUGUAUAAGUACUGUGUUGUUUAUACAUGUGUAGGUAUCGAUAUAAAUAAAUAUUUUGGAUGUUUCAUUACCCUUCCAUAG